GGGUCGCCCUCCUCUCUGCUCCUAGUCCCCCGGUCCUGAGAAAUAUAUCUUAAGUGGUGAUUUAAGCUCUCAGUGAGUGCGGUUUGGGCUGUGUUCACGUCGACUGCUACUAGGGUUAUCUGAUCCGCUGUCUGUUUCGCCCUCCAACCCUUACCUUUAUCGUCCACUCCACCAGACGGUCCGUCUGAUCGAUCAUUAUUGGGGUGGAAAAUGGGGACCAAUGCUGAUUACGACGAGAAGGCUGUUGCGGAAUCCCUCACUGCAAAUAACAAUGGCGACUGCCAUGAACUUCCUACUCCGUCAGAGGAGAAACCCUCAGAGGAACCGAUCUUCGAUACCGGCUUCAAGUCAUGGAUCCAAGUGCUAGGCUCUUUCUUCCUCUUCUUCAACUCAUGGGGUGUCAUUAACACCUGGGGUGCGUUCCAAACGUAUUAUGAGCAGGACUUGUUGUCGGACAUGUCAUCGUCCAGCAUCGCCUGGAUUGGCUCACUCCAGGCUUUCCUACUCAUGCUUUUUGGUGUGGUGACAGGACCUCUCUUCGAUGCAGGCUAUUUCCGUGCUCUGCUCACGUUUGGAAGCAUCAUGCUUCCCUUUGGGUUGAUGAUGACCAGUCUUGCUACCAAGUUCUGGCAGCUGAUCCUGGCCCAAGGUAUCGUUAUUGGUCUGUCUGCCGGAUGUCUGUUCGUCCCAUCCGUCGCCAUUUUGCCUCAGUACUUCAAGAAGAGACGUGGUCUGGCCAACGGCCUGGCCGCUUCGGGCAGCAGUAUCGGGGGUGUGAUCUACCCGAUCAUGUUUGACCAGCUACAGCACAAGGUCGGCUUUCCCUGGGCAACUAGAGCUAUCGGCUUCCUCUGUUUCGGAACUUGCUGCAUCUCAUACAGCAUCAUGCGUAUGCGCUUCCAGCCGACAGAGAAGCGCAAGCUGGUCCAGUUGGCUGCCUUCAAGGAGCCGCAUUUUGUGAUGUUUUGCAUUGGCAUGUUCCUGGGUUUCCUUGGAUUCUACAACUUCCUCUUCUAUAUCCAGUCCUAUGCCAUCGACACCGGAAUUGUUGGUUCUACCCUCGGAUUCUAUCUGCUCUCCAUGCUGAAUGCGGGGUCCACCAUUGGACGUAUCUGUCCGAACUUCAUCGCAGACCACACGGGUCCCCUGAACGUCCUCACUCCUGCAGCUACCGCUACCGCUAUUCUUGCCUUCGCUUGGAUCGGAGUCCACAAUGCGCCAGGCAUCAUCGUUCUCUCCGUACUGUAUGGUCUCUGCUCCGGCGGUUUCGUGUCACUUCCGCCGGUCGUGAUGGUGACUCUGACCAAGGACAUCCGGGACCUAGGAACUCGUCUAGGCAUGGUGUUCGCAAUCACCUCUGUCGGACUGCUGAUCGGUACACCUAUCGGCGGUGCCAUCUUGAGCAACUCGGGCAGCUACCUGGGAGUGCAGCUCUUCACAGCCUGCUGUCUCAUCACGUCUGCCUCCGUCUUUGCCGCGCUGAGAUUCUCUCGCUCGAGUAUGAGACUGAUCGCGCGUGUGUGAGCGCGGCCUGACAACACACCAACUCCUAAUCCCACUUCAAUCAAUUACGCCGCGACUGCAUCAACUCACCUCCAUGAGAACUGCUACCUUAAUACUUGAUGACCCAAAAGAGUUACAUAUUCCAUCUAAGCAUUUGCAUUUGCAUCAUGCAUCAUUGGAGAA